AUGGCCAAAAGGCUCAAGGCGGGAGCGGCCUCUAAAGAAUCAGGUUCCCCCGAUCCCUGGCCGUCAACUGGUGCCGAGGACGCCCCGCCUCGCCCCUUGGUGGGGGAGCCCAUUCCGCCAUCGCCGAGGCGGGUCGAGGUGACUCGUCCCCAAGAGCAAGAGGGAGCCCCCGAGCCUCCUCGAUCUGGGGUCGAGGGGGCCCCUAUCACAAUAAGCGACGGGUCUGGCGGCGACGGGCCUUCGAAGGACGCCCGCCCUAUGGACGAGGGGGCCGAGACUUCUCUGGUCGCGAAGCGGACGCCCUGGCCCGUCGGGCUUCGCUCCGUCGAGGAGCGAAGAAAGAAGGAGGAAGAGGAGCGCGAGCAGGAGACGCGACAACAGCCGCAGGAGGGGCAGCAGCCAGAGAGUCCCCAGCUCGAUGAGUUGCUGGAGCAGGACCGGCAACAGGAGCUGCGGCAACAGGAGAGUCUUCCGGAGAAGCUCCUCAAGUCUUACAAGGAGCUGUUGGCGCUUGAGGAGGAGAAGAAGGAGAGGGAGGCCGCACUGUCGGAAGCUCGGGAGGCCUCGAGAAAGGCGGUGGAUGAGGCCGCGCUGCUGAGGGAGCGGGCCAUUAUGUUCGAGGAGGUUGCGUCAAUGGCUCGGGAGGAGGUCUUGUCUUACAAGGAAGCGGCCGCUACCCUGAGCAAGGAGAAGGGACUCCUCGAGACUGACCUUGCCUCCGCCCGAGAAACCUUCCAGAAGAUGAAGGUGGAGUGCGUGAAUGGCGAGGUCACCUGGAGCGCUGCGGAGGAGGCCAAAAAGAGGGCUCUUGAGGAUCUCGAGGCUGAGCGGACUCGAUCUCGCAUCCUCUCUGACAACGUCGACCGUCUGAAGAGAGCGAUACUGGAGAAGGUUGGAGCCAUCGCGCAGGCCGGUAAAUUGAUCGAGGACCUGCGCGUCACCAACACCGAGCUGGUGCGUUCCAAUAAGGAGAUCGAGAGAUCCAACACUUAG